UGUCAGAAAAUAUUUCAUGAAUUAGAAAACAAGCAUGAGAUAACAUUAACUACUCUAUACUAUUAUCUAUGUUGAUAUUGACACUUAAAGAUAAAGUGUUAGGAUAUGGAGACUUCAUAUACACUGUUAAAUAUUAUGACUGAGAUUAAAGAUACACGUACUUGUUUUUAAUUGUCUGUGUAUGUGUGUAUAUGCCCUGCAGGUGUCUGAUACAUCUGAGCGUCUCAUCCAGCUGCAGCGCUGUAUGCUACAACAUGAAUCAGUGGCUGUGAGUCAAGGAGAUGGGUCUGACUCACUAGUAGCCUUUCUGGCUCUUAUGGCAGCAGUGCUGACAGAAUGUGACCUCCACUGCCAUAGUCAGAGACUCAGACAGAUGGCCACCAGACUUGAAAGUGUAGUGGGCAGAAAUGGGGAGAAAGAUUUGCUGCUGUUGCUGAAAAGUAUCACACAUUCUAAACCUAAUGGCCUCCGACCAAGGACUCCUACAGUGCCUCCCUCUGCAGGGCUUUACCCUCAAGACUGUCAUGAGAUCUACCAAUUAGGAAUUAAAGAGAACGGGAUCUACACCAUACAGCCAGAUCCAAAGCGACCAGCAUUAGAGGCUGUGUGUGACAUGGUUUCAGCUGGUGGGGGAUGGACAGUGUUCCAGCGGCGGUUUGAUGGACAAAUUGACUUUAACCGAACCUGGCAGGAGUACCAUGACGGAUUUGGCUCCCCGCAGACAGAGCACUGGUUAGGGAAUGCAGUUCUGUCCGUGUUAACCGCAAGUGGGCAUCACACGCUCCGCAUCACUCUCCAAGACUGGCACGAACAGACACGUCAUGCUAACUAUAACACCUUUAAAGUGGCAGGAGAAAACCAGAGGUUCCGCCUAACUGCUCGAGAUUACCAUGGUGAUGCUGGCAAUGCAUUCAGUUAUAGCAAACAGUACAAUCACGAUGGCAGAGCUUUCAGUACAUAUGACCAGGAUAAUGACCGCUACACUGCUGGUAACUGUGCCGGUUACUAUGGUGCAGGAUGGUGGUUUGAUUCCUGUUUGGCCGCUAACCUCAAUGGACGCUACUACCACGGGCGUUACAGCGGCAUCACGGAUGGCAUCUACUGGGGCACCUGGUAUAUCCUGACUGACUAUCGCACAGGGGAAAGAUACUCAUUUAAGAGUGUUGAAAUGAAAAUGAGACCUAGGCGGAGCUAAGAAUUUCUCUUUUUUUUAAAUGAGAUGUUGACAUGUAAUCAUACUCCUGCACUGUGU